CAACAUCUUUUUUUCUAGGAACAGUUCGCAGAAGGAGCGGCUAAUCGCGGCUAAACGAAGCCGUUAGCUUCCACACAUUAAUGUCCUCCAUUAUGAACUUAGCGACUUAAAUCACUUCAAAACACACGUUUUAGCUGUUUGACGUUUUAUUUGUCGCUCACAGCGUGACGCGGUUAUAAAAUGCCCACAGAAGUGAAGCAGAGGAAGAAAACGCAGAAACAAAGUGACGAAGCGUCUGAAACUUCUGCUGCUAAAGAUGCUAAAGAUGCUAAAGAUGCGGAGAGGAAGGUGAAGAUGGUGAAGAUGGUGAAGAUGGAGGUCGGAGCAAAUAAACCCAACUCCGGCCUGGACGUGACGAGUGUCAUGUGUCUCGUGUCGCUGGCAGUCUGUGGAGCUCUGAGCUGGAUGGUGCUGCAACAGAAUGAGAGGUUUUCACAAAUGGAGGAAAAGUACAAAUCUGUUGACGGGAAAACUUCCAGCGUGUUCGACGUGGAGAAAGAAGUUGUGAGGGUUUCUAAAAAGCUUGCCGCGUCUGAGGACGACCUGCAGGAGGCGCUCUCCACCGCCUCCUUGGUGACACGACUUCAGCAGGACGUCUCCGUGCUCCACGCCGCCGUGAUGGACAUGCAGGCUGACGAAAACUCCGCCUCCCGCGACCUGCAGACGGUCAACGCUCGCUUCCUCAACGUGACGGACACGUGGCAGGAGGGGCUGUCGGCCAUCGCCGCAGACCUGGCCGCCCUCAAGGCGGAGUCACGGGACGCCCACGCCGGAGCCACGGAGCGGGUGAACGAGGCGGAGCGGAGGGCCCGGGCGCUGCAGGAGAAGUUGGAGGAGCUGGAGGACAGCACCAAGAGGAACGCCCGCGCUCUGGAGCGCACGGAGGAGGACGACACCAGGCGAGCGCAGGAGCAGCUCGACUGGAACACGGAGCAGAUCCACAGGCUGCAGCAGCAGAUCGGCGGCCUGAUGAGGAGCGAGGCCGAACUCCGCUCUCAGCUGCACGAGCACCUCCCCAGAGCGCAGGAGUGCGAGGAGCACCUGCCGCAGGUGGAGGAGGCGGUGCGCUCCAUCCUGAGGCUGGGAGGAGAUCUGAGCGCGGCGGAGAAGAGGCUGGAGGAGGUGACGCUGCAGGUGUUUGGCACUGAGGACAGCAUGCUGAAAGCUCUGAACCAGAUCCUGGCUCUCAGGCAGGAGCUGGACACGCUGCAGGCCCAGAACAGCAUCCUGAAGAUGAAGAACGAGUUAUCUGUGGUGAAAGAGGCCGUCCGUGAACUCACCAUGGUGCUGAGGGAAAACCGGGGCCAGGUCCAGAGCCAGGACGACCCGAUGAACACUCUGGGAGGAGAGGAAGAAGAAGAAGAAGAAGAAGAAGAAGAAGAGGAGCAGGAGGAGGAGUGGAUGUGGGAAAAUGAAGACCAACCUUCACUAUGACAUCACUGGAGGAUGUGGUUGUUUUUAUUUACCCAGAGAAAAAGACUGCACUGAACGCACGAGCACAAGAAGCUUCUGUUUAAAAGACUUUAUUUUUAAAUGUUUCAGUUUCUGACAUUUGAUGAUGUUAUUGUUCUUUUAUUAUUGUCAUUUUAACAAUAUUUUAAAGGACUGAAUUAUUAAUCAGUGACUUAAGGAAAUAAACAAUCAUGAAAAGUGGCCACUUUAUUAGGCACACAGGGCAUCAUGUGACAUCAUGGUUCAUUUUGUUACCUUCAAAGUCAUUGAAUUCACCUUUUGUCUUUCUUGUGACGCUCAGUCUGAACAGCUGUCCUGUGAUUGGCUGGACAGAUGUGGUGUACCUAAUAAAGUGGCGGUUUACUGUCUUGAAUGUUCUGCCUUUAUUUAUCCAUUUAAAAACAUUUUCUGGACAAAAUGUCAGUGUUACACACGCUUGUGUUACGUUGUGCAGGAUUUUAGUGUCACGUGUACAACAAGACGAUGCUUUUGUGCCUUUUGUUAAACUGAAUAAAGUGUGUACACAUGA